AUGAAGAGCAGUACUGUGCUGAAGGGACAAAAUGUGGAAAAAAUUGUUCCCGAUACGCAUAUAGGAGGUGAUGAGGUUGGCGAUGAAUCGGGCGAGGAACAUUUCAGCUGUGAAAGCGCUAGCUUCUCGUCGGAUGCAUCGACAUGUUCAGUACCAUUACCGAAAAGAAACAAAAGGAAAGCGUAUGUGCCACGUGGUGCGUGCAGCGUUUUGAUGCCUGCAGGCGUGGAUCUGUUCGAGCCGGAAUACGACCCCGUGCCGUCCGGUGGCACAACAAACGCUCUUUGCAACGUUCGAACGCCACCCAGACUUACCAAGAUCAGUGAUCAGCCGUUGCUGCAGGCUCGAUCAGUGGCUCCUCUGCCUGGACCAAGAAAUCGCCAAUCAUCGGUCAAAGUAUCUGAAACAAAUGAGGAAGCAGUGAACGGCGGAACAGCACCAUUGACCGGCAACGAUAAGGAUGCAUCGGAAAAUGAUACGGAUGAUGCUCGCGAUUCGCGACUCGCAAGUCCCGUUCGUUUCAAAAGCGACAAAAUACGGAAAGCUUUCUCAAAGUACAAAAUCAGAAAAGCUAAUACAGAUUCACUGCAUAUGACAUUUAUUCUGCAGUCCAAUAAACAAGCUGCCAAGGCUAAUGCGUGA